AUGAUGCUGCUUCCGCCCUCUCCUUUCAACUCGAGGCAUUCCAAGGCGUCAAUGCUGGCACAUAUGACGCUGUACUUCGUGAACCAAGGGUGGAGGAGCUCGGUUUUCCCUUCCCCUUACUUCGUGACCACAACCGGGUGCUGGAGCCUUGUCUCGACAGCCUCCAUCCUCGUGGCUUGCUCGACAAGCCUUGCUGUUUGCUCUUCUUGA